ACGGCCGACGGGGACGGUUUGAGCGUCCAGCGCCCGGCCGAGCGAGCGCGUGCGGACAGUGCUGAUUGAGAGUUCCCCCGAACUGCAAUAGAGCACGGACGGAGAGGCGGCCCCGCCACCAGCAGCGGAGGAAACCUACGACAUGGACGCAGACAAGGCGCGUAACACUGGCGACGCCGAGUGGAGCUCACGCGAGGGCACGCCGCUGCGCUCGCUACCUGGCUUCACGGUGCUGCCGAGCGGGCCGGGGGAGGCGGCGCCCAGUGGCCGGCCCUCGUUCUACCUGAGCCGGCCGCAGCUGGACGAGCCCUGGUUCGGCAGAGCCGGCGGCUCCGCACACUACGACGCCGAGAACGCCAGCGGCAGCGGCAGCGACGACGCCGACUCCAUGUCAUCGUCCACCGGCGGACUGUUCACCAGCAUCAGCAUCCCGGUGCCGAAACAGCCGGUGAAGAAGUCGCUGAGCCCGACACCGUCCUUCACGUACAUCGACGCCAGGGCGGCCAUGGCGGCGCGCAAGCAGACAGUCAGCUGCUGCGCCUCCAAGUCCGUCCUCAAGAUCACCCUCACGUUCUGCGUGUCCUUCCUGCUCGGCAUGAUUCUCACCGUCAUCUACAUGGAGGUGUACCUGUGGAGGCGGUGAUAGUGCCGCCGGCGGAGGGCCCGCCUGCCGGCCCCGGACGUCGCCCUCCACGCCGAGCGGGGGCAGGGCCGACCCCACGCCGGCCCCGAGUGACGGACCACCGCCGUGCCACCCGGCCCGGUCCGAAGCCGGCCGCCGGAGGCGUGCCCGGCCACGCUCGGCCGGCCAGGGGCGCGGCCGACCCCGCUCGGUCGCGGACGGCAGCUCCGACGCACCGCGCCACGCCGCGCGCCACGGUCGCGCCGCGUACCUAACUGGACACGCACGUCAAGUCGCAAUGGGCAUAUGUGUAAAAAUGGGCCGACAGCGCGUGCUAUUUAUUUCCAAUCGCCUUGUCGAAGCGGUGUACUUUUCCCACCGUCAGUGAUGCCGGCGCACGCUAAGUGGCGCGUGCGUCGGGAGAUAAAAAUGUCGGUCGAAUUAAUACUUCCUUAGUGGCGGCGGUUCCCUUUUUGUGGACUGUGCACGCUAUCCGACUGCGGGUUUGUGCCGUGCCCAUCGAAGCGAUUUUCAGGAGUGUCUCUGUAAAUAGUGACCUGAGCUUGCUCACGUGUUUACUGACUGUCAGUGGUCGGUGUAAAUAAAAUAUUCUUAUCAAA